UCAAUGGUCAUAACUCUUAUCGUUCCUUUCAGUUUUCCAGUUUCCUAUUAUUCAAACUACGUUAGAAACUAGUUAAAAAGACUAUUCUGCACUUCUGAAGAAGUCGAAAAGUCAAUUUUUUGUUCAUUUUCACCACUGCAUUUUCUUUAAGAAGUCACUAAGCCUACCUAUACUUACCCAAUACUUUUUCGUUAUUAUUAUUAUUGUGGGUCAUAUUUUAUCCUCCGCUUACUUAGAACUUGUGAAGCCCGUUCGAGGAUUAAGUACCUAGGUACUAAAAACAUCGAAAUGGUUUACGAUUAUUUUGACAAAUACACAUUUCUGUGUGAAAUGUUCGACGAAGAAGCGGAUGAAGUAAAGGAAUUAGUGUUAAACUUUUUUCCGUUUGAUAAUUCUGUACAAAUCAUCAAUACUAAGGAAGCCAAAAACCUACUUAAACGGGUUCAGUUCCCACCGUUAAAACGGGAAAUGCUUCAAAUUGGAAAUAUCAUCAACAUUUUUUCCAAAUUGUUAUAUAUCAAAGACUGCGCACCAGCAACUCGAAAUCUUCUUUAUCAUAACGUUCAAAGCACUUUUGCCCUGAUAAAGCCAGUUCCACCGAGUGCCCAUGGCAAGAUUAUUACGUUCAUCAUGAAAAAAGGGUUCCGUAUUGUACGUAUGAAAAAUGGAAAAAUUGAUAAAGAUUUUGCAAUGGAAUUGUACCAGAAUGUUGCUGGUAGUAACUUAUUGCCAAUUAUAAUAAAUUACAUAACAACUGGCGAAGUAAUCGGCUUAGAACUUGUUGCGCCCGAUGCUGUGAAAAAGUGGCGCGAGUGUUUGGGCACCACCGACCCGGCCACAGCAGCUCCCGGCACGCUGCGAAGACUUUAUGGCGAAGACAAGCUUAGAAACGUUGCCCACGGUUGCGUUACGGUCGAAGAUGCCACUGUGAUGCUAGACAAGUUUUUCGGUUACGAAAAUGGUAUUCCCAGAAUCGCUUUUCGUGCAACUUUCAAAAACUGCACUUGUUGUAUUAUAAAGCCACAUGUGAUAAUCGAUGGCAAUGUUGGAGCGAUCUUGGAACAAAUCGCAACAUCUGAAAAGUUUUACAUAUCAGCCAUAGCCAUGUUUUCUGUAAAGCUAUCCAAUGCUCAGGAGUUUUUUGAAGUAUAUAAGGAAGUGUUACCAGAGUACGAGGCCAUGUGUAUUCAUUUGGCGGAAGGAAAAUGUAUCGCACUGGAGGUAAAAUGCAAUGAUCCUAGUCUAAACUGUGUGUGUGAAUUCAGGAAAUUAUGUGGGCCAAGAGAUCCUGAUCUAAGCCGUCAAUUGUAUCCAGAUUCCAUAAGAGCCCUCUAUGGAAAAGAUAUUGUACACAAUGCAGUUCAUUGCACAGAUCUUCCAGAAGAUGGUGAACUGGAGGUUGAAUACUUUUUCAAAUUGCUAGCCAAUGAGUGAGUUCUAUUGUUUUGCCAAUUUCUAUAUUUGCGCUUGUUAUUGUGACUUAGGUCUGCUGUCUUUUCUUUCAAUAAAGCAAGUUUCCAUUAGUAAGUAA